GUGAAAAUAUUUUGUUUGAGUGGUAUCCAGUCAAAGAAAAGACUAUACAUGAUUAUAAUCAAGCAGUCCAAAGUGUACAGAUAAAUAUAGAGGGUACAACAUUUAGUGCUAGAUGAAGUCUGAUUAAAGAUAGUUCAACGGUCUCCAAUGAGGUAGAUGAAAGGUCAGGAUCAGAUCUUAGCUGAUGAGGUGACCAUUCAGUUGCCUGAUUACAGCUGGUAGGUAGGCCACAGGUUAGAUUGGUCAUGUUAGGCCUCACAGGUCAGGUGCUCGUGGGUCCCGGAGUGACUCCGGGAGGUUGUUUGGCCCCAGUUAUCAGAGAAUUACCAAAUCUGAGAUGAGAUUAAAGACAGCAUGGUUAGUGUAAGAAAUGUUGAAAUAAAGAUUUCAAAGAGUGGAAUCAUUGUAAUGAUGAUGGCAGAUCCUCUUCUGGGACCAAGUCAAGUCAAGUUUAUUCGUCACAUACACAUACGAGAUGUGCAGUGAAAUGAAAAGUGGCAAUGCUCGCGGGCGUUGUGCAAAAUGACAAACAAACAAACAACCAAACAAACUACAAACAGAAACACAUAUUCUUUUACAUAUUAAAUAUUGUGGGCGGAAGGAAAAAGGUUCAGUAAAGUUAAUCCCUGGUGAGACAGGAGUUUACAGUCCGAAUGGCCUCUGGGAAGAAACUCCUUCUCAACCUCUCCGUUCUCACAGCAUGGCAACGGAGGCGUUUACCUGACCGUAGCAGCUGGAACAGUCCGUUGCAGGAGUGGAAGGGGUCUCCCAUGAUUUUAUUGGCUCUGGAGUUGCACCUCCUGAUGUAUAGUUCCUGCAGGGGGGCGAGUGGAGUUCCCAUAGUGCGUUCGGCAGAACGCACUACUCUCUGCAGAGCCUUCUUGUCCUGGGCAGAGCAAUUCCCAAACCAGAUGGUUUGACCAGCAUGCAAAGACCAGCUCAGCUGCCAUCUUGGUUUCCAGUUGGAUCCAUUCAUACUUGGAGAGUGCGAUUGGGGCAGAGAAUAAACUGACAGAUGGCUGGAAGCUCUGAAUCAUCUGCACAUUGAACAGUGGUGCUCUGCAAAGUGAUCACCCAGCCUGUGUUUGUUUAUUUCUAAAUGUAAAGGAACACCGGUUCACAAAAUUGGAAGGAGUGCAAGUGGAUCUGCUUCAUGUUGAUGAGUAGUCUGGGUCACUGGCUGAUGAAGAAAGGCUAGGAGUUGCAUCUCCUGCAGUUGCAUCGUAGAGUAUGAUGGAAAUGGGGUAGUUGACAGAAGAGCCGACAAGGGAGUCGCAAGGUGGAAGUCUUAUCAGCCAAUGUUGGAAGCACAGGGGACAAUGUGUCUUCGAUAGAAGCUCAUUGGUUGAGAUGAAAAUUGACAGAGGAUGAUCUAUUGAAUGUGGGAAGUGCUGAGGUGUAGGGACAGGCACAGAGAACACCAUCCUUGCUUGAACCAGGAGGAGAGGAUUGAGAGCAGAGGUGUGUGGACUGUGGUUGAGAGCCUGGUCCACUAUGAGAGAAGAGCAUAGUUAAGGAAAAGGUGAGACGUCUUGAAGCCAUUAGUGUGGCAAAUCCAUCAUCACAGAGAUGGAGAAACUGGAUGGAUGGAUUGGGGUCCUCAAUAGAAACGGGGUGUGAGGAGGUGUAAAAAUAUCUGAAGGAAUCUGUCGGCUUCAAAAGAAUAAUGUACCCAUCUCUGCCCUCGUUUAUCCCUUUCCCCGAUUCACCCCAUGCGCUGAUUUACCCUCACUGCCCCAUUUCAUUUACACACACCGAUCACGUGCCAUAUACCUACUUAUGCCCUAUCUAUUGUGAACACGCCACCCCCUCCCGUUCUCUCGUGACUGCUGCCCUGUGUUGGUGGCCUGGCCUUCCCCCUCCCCUUCCCCACCUCGCCAGCCUUCUCUCCCUCGAAUUUCUGUUCCCCCGAAGAGCUGACUGAUCCGUGUGCUCGCGUCAGACCCAAGAAUGCAAUGUGGAGCUAAGACCAGCUCUGUGGAGUCAUGUGCUUUCAUUUCUUGGAAGCAACUGGUGUAAACCGUGAAGACUUGGCAGGAGUCCACAUCUCAUGGGCUGAAGCUGCCGAAUUCUUAAACCAGCUUCCUGUGUGGGAGAUCAGUGUUGUGCGCGAUACAUGUUAUCGUACUUUCCCAAUGGAUCCCGUUCAUUCUCAAACUGAUGGGCCAGAGGACCUGGAGGAUGAGGAAGGCCCAACAGCGCCUCCCAUUGGAAUGCUGGACCAGGUGACGGGCUAUGAGGGGACUGUUGCCGGUGGAGGUGGAAAUUACAUUUGUCCACCAACUUACCCAUCCGACAAGAGGGAGCAAGCACAACCCCAACUGGAGUGGAGAAUUCCGUCCAUUACCGAAGAUGCAGCGAGAGAGGCGUUGAUGCAGUUCGCCACUGCUCAUUGCUGUUACAGCCGCAGUCCCGCCAGAAACAUGGUAUUUCAGGACCUCACGCCCUUCAACAUGUACAGGUACCGUCUCGAGACCUUCACCGAAUCCCGGCUAACUGAAUGGACUCAUGUACCCUUUACUGGACAAUCUGUUGACAACAGUGCCUGUGGAACCCCUCCCCUUCCGUGGGACAUCACCAUUGAGGUACCCCCCAUGUUUCAGGACUUCACGAAGAAAGUCCCAGUUCCUCAUACUGCAGCUGCCAAGCGAUGCCACAAGUGCAAGGGCAGAGGGAAGUACCGGUGUUCACAGUGUGCUGGAAAAGGAAAGCUGAAGUGCCUGUCAUGUGGAGGGCGGGGGCUGUCACAUGGAAACAAGCGGUGCAUCCAAUGUGGAGGCAGCGGAUCAAAACGGUGCGGCCCUUGUCUCGGCCGAGGCACUCGAUCUUGUCAUGUUUGCAAAACUAGUGGCCAGCUGCUCUUCUACAUUCAGCUGACAAUAAAAUGGACCAAUAAUAUCUUUGAACAGGUAGCUGACCAACAAAUUGGACUUCCUGUGACACUCUUUAGUAAUGUAACGGGACAGAAUGUCUUCACCGAUGAAAACUACCAGGUCUAUCCGAUAAUUAGUUUUCCAGACACUCUAAUUGAUCACAUCUCCCAUCAAGGGGUUCAAGAACAUCGGGACAAGUUUGGAAGAACAAUGUGUAUUCUCCAACAGCGGCAGACAAUCGAACUAAUUCCGGUGACCAAAGUGCAGGUCCAAUGGAAAGGACAAGAGCACAUUUACUUUGUAUAUGGCACAGAAAGCAAUGUCCAUGCACCAGACUACCCCGGCAAGUGCCACUGCAACAUUCUUUGAUUCCUUACCUUCUGUGUCUUUUCAUGGAUGAUCAAUGGUGGUUUGUUCAACCUCUGGGAGAAUGGGGAUAGGCGGGAGAGGUCUCAUGAUGUUACGUAGAAGAACGAGAUAUUCUGUAUUUCAACAUUGCGUUCCUUCCCCUCCAUCAACCCCGAAAUUCCUUAAACAUCUCAUUGCUGUUUAAGGUCUUGGUCAUUUGACUGCAGCUUUUGCCUACAACACAACUGCUGACCUUCACCAUACUUGCACCUAAACCAUUUUGAGAGGUGGGCUGAAGCUUCAUAUAAAUGUACAUUUAGAAUUUGCUGCCUCCCAAAAACAUUCAGUUUCACUGUUCACAUUUAAAAUCCAUUGGAAAAAUGAAAUCACUGCCAAUUCUGUUGCUGUAACUGGACAAAUUAGCAAAGUUACUGGAUCAAUCAACAGUUUCAGCGGUCAUUGAGAUGUCCUAUUGGCCUUGAUGCACUGUUUUAGACAGUGGAUGAAUUAAUCAGGGUUUUUCAUAUUCAUUCACAACCCAAUCCCUUACCGAUUUUCCACCACUCUACCCCACGGAAAUGUGUUCACAUCAGGGUACAGUUCUUCUAGCACUAGUUGCAAUUUAUUUUACACAAGUGUUGAGUUUUGAGCAUUGGUGUCAUGGUUGCCAAUUAUUACCCAGCCCUCAAUGCCCUUGUAAAGAUGAUGCCAAGCAUGGUCAAACUGUCUCCUGAUAGGUUCGCAACUAUGCCCAGUAGAAUUCUACAGUAGAAAACUGGAUGGAGAGUCAACACUCAGCUAUUGGUGAUAGACACAAAAUCCUGGAGUAACUUAACAGGUCAGGCAGCAUCUCUGGAGAAAACGAAUAGGUAACAUUUCAGGUCUGGUCCCUUCUUCAGACUGAUUAUAGUUGGGGAAUAAGGGAAACAUGGAAGAAACUGGAAGCAAGGCAGAAAAAAAACAGACCAUAUCAGGCCAGCAACAGAUGACCUCAGGCAGAGGUUUCCUGAUAGGCCAAUUGCUGACUGGAGAGUAUGAGCCCAAGAGGGAUAUAUUGUUGCGAACUGGUUAACUGACUUUGAAUGGAGGGAGGAGGAAGAAGAGAGAGAGGAUGGGGAGGGAGGUGAAUGUAGAAGUUACCUAAGAUUAGAGAAUUCAACAUUCUCCGCUGGGUUAUAAGCUAGCCAAGCAAAAUAAUAGGUGCUGUUCCUCCAAUUUGCGUGUGGCCUCACUGGCAAUGGAGAAAGCCCAGGAUAAAGGUCAGUGUGGGAAUGGGAAGGGAAGUUAAAGUGGUCAGCAACUGCAAGAUCCAGUAGGCCUUGACGGACUGCGUGUAUUCAACGAAACCGUCACCGAGCCUACACUUUAUCUUGCCAUUGUACAGUAACCCACAUCAGGAACACUGGAUGCAGUAGACGAGGUUAGAGGAGGUGUAUGUGAAACUCUGAAAGGACUGUUAGGUUCCCUGGAUAGAGUCGUGGGUAGAGGCUUUAGGACAGAUGUUGCACAACCUGCAGUUGCAGGGGAACGUACCUGGGAAGGGGAUGGUUUGGGUGGGAAGGGCUGAGUGAACCAAGGAGUUGCGGAGGUAGCGGUCUCUGUGGAAGGCGGAAAGGUGUGGACGUGGGAAGAUGUGACUAGUGGUGGGGUCACGUUGGUGCCGAUAGAAAUGUCAGAGGACAAUGUUUUGGAUACGGAGGCUGGUGUGGUGAAAGGUGAGGACCUGGGGAACUCUCUCCUUGUUGUACCUGGGGGGAGAGAGGGAGAGAGCGAGAGUAGGACUCCGGGACACAGAAGAGAAUAGGGUGAGGGAUUCAUCUAUGACAGUCAGGGGGAAUUCACAUUCAUUAAAGUAUGAGGACAUCUUAGAUGUCUUCGUAUAGAAAGCAUCUUGGGAGGAGAUGUGGCGGACACGUAGGAAUUGAGAGUAGGGGAUAGUGUCUUUGCAAGAAGCAAGUGUAGUCAAGACAUCUGUGAGUCGGUAGGUUUAUAGUAGACAGCAGUCGAUAGUCUGUCUCUUGUGAUGGAGACAGAGAGAUCAAGAAAGGGAGAGAGGUGCUAGAGAUAGUACAGGCAGGGUGGAGGUUAGUGGUGAAGGUAAUGAAGUCUAUGAGUUCUGCACGGGUGCAGGAGGCAGCCCCGAUGCAGUCGUUGAUGUAGUGGAGAAAGAGUUAGGGGAUGGGGGCAGUGUACGCCUGGACUGUUUGACGUAACCAACAAAAAGGCAAGCAUAGCUGUGAGUGCCCAUGGUUACACCCUUAACUUGGAGCUAGUGGGAGGAGUCAAAGAAGAAGUUGUUGAGAGUGAGGACACAUUCCACUAGGCGGAGGAGAGUGUUACAGAGGGAAAUUGGGUGGGUCACUGUUCAAGAAAAAAACAGAGGGUGUUGCAACCUUCAUGGUGCGGGGUGGAGGUGUCGAGGGACUGGACGUCCAUGGUAAAGAUGAGUGACUGCGGCCAAAAAACUAAGUUUUGAAAGAGUUGAAGGGCGUGUCAGGUGUCUUGGAUGUAGGUGGAUUGGACAAGGGGGAUAAGGUAGAAUCAAGGUAUGUGGAUAUGAGUUCUGUGGGACAGGCGGAGACAAUGGGUUUCCCCAGGGCAGGUUUGUUUGUGCAUUAUUUGUUUUUUGGGGGGGGGGGGGGGUAAAAAGGGGCAGUGCAGGGCUGUGGAGGGCAGAUUGCCAGAGGUGUUGAAAUUAAAGACAGUUUGGGAGGUAAUGGCCUGGUGCCAGUGACUGUAGCCACAGCUACUGGUUCUCCUCUGAUGCCCUAGGUUCUCCCAACGGGAGUUGCAGUACUCGUAUCUGGCAGAGUGAUGGACAGUUACGCAUAUGAGAAGGACAUCUGAAACAGACUCGUACCAUUUCUCAACCAUUAUCGUUCCUGCCCAACAUCACCUCGCCUUGCAUAAAGCAGCACUCAUCCACCUGACAAAGCUUCCAAAGGGAAUGGUAACCCCUGUGUCUGACUCAAUGCAACAUUCAGAUCUCUACCCCCAUAAUGGAGAUCUCAAAAGGGCAUCUAAUGAUCUGUGGUAGUAGAGGCCUGCAUGUGACUCAGUCUGCAUCAGCAGUGAGCUUUCGAGGUUCAUGACCUGAAAGGAUAAAUACAGAUCUAUGCAUCAUGAAGCCAACCAGCAACCUGGUGUGGAAAUGUUGAGGAACCCAGUGGUUUACUGAUGGCGAACGCGACCUGGCACCACCAAAGGACUACUGGUAAUUGCAAACCCAUAUCUCAGCCGGAGCCAGCAUGGUCAUUUGAGAAGGGAGUGAGAAAGAAAAAAAUGAUUCACACAUUAUUCAAAACAUUUUUUGAUAUAUGUAAAAUACAAACAUUGUAUAUACAAGUCUGUAGGAUAAGUAAAAGAUGUAGAUAUUCUACACACGAACCAUUGAAUACAAUUAUGAAUGUGUUAUCUGCAAUGAAGGAAAAAAUCAAUCUGUUUAAUAUACAUGCUGAUAAUAUAAUACAUGUAAAUAUUUAUUGUAAUGGAAUAUGCAUUUUUAUCAAUUUUAUAUAAAACAGUAUUUGAACAUUAUAAAUGUUAAUUCAUAGAUACUUAGAUACAUAGAAAAUAGGUGCAGGAGGAGGCCAUUCGGCCCUUCAAACCAGCACCGCCGUUCAUUGUGAUCAUGGCUGAUCGUCCCCAAUCAAUAACCCGUGCCUGCCUUCUCCCCACAUCCCUUGAUUCCACUAGCCCCUAGAGCUCUAUCUAACUCUCUCUUAAAUCCAUCCAGUGAUUUGGCCUUCACUGCCGUCUGUGGCAGGGAAUUCCACAAAUUCACCAUGGUCUGGGUGAAAAUGUUUUUCUCACCUCAGUCUUAAAUGGCCUCCCCUUUAUUCUAAGACUGUGGCCCCUGGUUCUGGACUCACCCAACAUUGGGAACAUUUUCCCCGCAUCUAGCUUGUCCAGUCCUUUUAUAAUUUUAUAUGUUUCUAUAAGAUCACCCCUCAUCCUUCUAAACUCCAGUGAAUACAAGCCUAGUCUUUUCAAUCUUUUCUCAUAUGACAGUCCUGCCAUCCCAGGGAUCAAUCUCGUGAAUCUAUGCUGCACUGCCUCAAUCACAAGGAUGCCCUACUUCAAAUUAGGAAACCAAAACUGCACACAAUACUCCAGAUGUGGUCUUACCAGAGCCCUAUACAACUGCAGAAGAACCUCUUUACUCCUAUACUGAAAUCCUCUUGUUAUGAAGGCCAACAUUCCAUUAGCUUUCUUCACUGCCUGCUGUACCUGCACGCCAACUUUCAGUGACUGGUGUACAAGGAUACCCAGGUCUCGCUGCACCUUCCCCUUACCUAACCUAACCCCAUUGAGAUAAUAAUCUGCCCCCUUGUUUUUACUGC